AUGAAGGUUGCUCUCAUCGCUCUCUCUGUCGCUGGCGCGGCUAUCUCCAAGCCACUAGCUCAGCAGGUGCCGUUCGGUAGCCAGCUACAUGACAGCGUCGUCGUGCCCCAGGCCGACAUGCCACAGGUCGACUUCCGCGUCGAGGGUUUCAGCCUUGACCUCAACGAACCCCGCCUUGUUCAAUUCGAGGGACACGAGCCCGUCUGGAUUUCUGAGUACCAGAAGCUAGAGGCAAAGGCCAACGGUCGCAAGUUCUUUGACAUUACCGACUCUGCCGACCAUUUUGCUGCUGCUCAGGUCAAGCCUACCAAGACCUACGACUACCCCGAGCUUAGCGCGCAAGAGAAGGUCACGAGUGUUAUCAAGACUCUGUCAACCGAGGGACCGCGUGCCAACCUCGAGAAGUUCUCCAGCUUCAGGACCAGAUACUACCGCAGUCAGACUGGCCAGGAGAGCCAGAAGUGGCUCCUUUCUCGUAUUCAGGAGAUCACCGCUGAGUCCGCGUCUGACUCGCUCCAGCAAGCUAUCAGCAUCUCCGAGUUCGAGCACAGCUGGGGCCAGAACUCCAUCGUAGCCCGCAUCAACGGCACGUCCGACGACGAACGUGUCGUCAUCGUUGGCGCCCAUCAGGACAGCACAAACAUGUGGCCCUUCUUCCCCGCUCCGGGCGCCGACGACGAUGGUUCUGGUACUACCUCCAUCCUUGAGUCUUACCGUGCCCUCCUGGCCUCUGACUUCCGCCCCGCUCGUCCCGUCGAGUUCCAAUGGUACUCUGCCGAAGAAGGCGGCCUUCUGGGCUCGCAGCAGCUCGCCACCGACUAUGCCAACCGUGGUGUUGAAGUGUACGCCAUGAGCCAGUAUGACAUGACUGCCUGGGUCAAGCGUGGUACUAAGGAGGUUGUCGGUGUUAUUACCGACUAUGUCGACCCUGCCCUGACGGACUACAACAAGAAGCUCAUCAAGGAGUACCUGUCCAUUCCUUCUGUUGACACCAAGUGUGGGUACGCCUGCUCCGAUCACGCGUCGUUUGCCAAGAACGGCUUCCCUAGCAUUUUCACUAUCGAGGGCCUGUUCGACGACUCCAACCUCCAGAACAUCCACUCAGCCAGCGACCGCAUCGACGUGUCCCCCGAGUUCAGCUUCAACCACAUGCUCGAAUUCUCCAAGCUCGCUGUAGCCUUCGCUAUCGAACUCGGCGGUUCUGAGAAGUCUGCAUAG